CAAUAAAAACAUAUCGUGUCCUAGUGGUCCUAGUGUCGUCCGAACAUUAAUCCAAAAGAUACAUAACACUGUUUUCAUAAUCAUAGUUGGUAUUGAAAUUUUUAACUAUUAAUAAUUAUUAAUGGAUCGCAACCAACGAAAGCCAUGGAAGAAAAAUCUAUAUGAAAACUCCGACUAUGAAGACAACUAUACCGAUCCGAGCUUCCUGCAGGAGUUGAAAACAAACCAAAAUCUUCGGACCUACACAUUCUACGAAGCAUUUCUUGGUGCUUCACGCCUAAGCCAACAAAUUGCAAAUGUCACUACAUUUCUGAUCGUGUUCUACUAUCUCUAUACCGAAGGUGUCAGUCCACAAAACAUUCUGGGCAAAGCGAGUGUCGGAACCAUAAUUGGCUAUUUCAUAUACACCGGCCGGAACCUUCGACUAAGCAGCAUAAUUGAGGACUCGAAAACCGCCAUCGCUGUACUGGUGUUCGGAUAUAUCUUUUCCCCGUUACUACACACCCUCACAGACAGCGUCAGUACUGAUACGAUCUUCUCAACGACCUUCCUUAUGCUGGCCCUACAUCUUAUAUUUUUCGAUUAUGGAGUAUCGGCUGCGAUAGUAUCGAAAGCAAUUUCAUUGAAUGCGGCAAUCUUUGGUUCAAUUUGCUUAGCCUCUCGAUUGUCCUCUUCGUUUCACGCGUUUGUGCUACUCGAGGUUGCAGCGGUAUAUUUUGCGCUAGGACCAAUCUUGGCGGCCCGAAUUUUUAGCUUUCCACUGCUGCUAGCAACAAUCGCAGUCUGCUUCUAUCUGUUACUGAAAAUUUCAUUGACCAUUUUCUGGACAUACAGCUGUGUACUUGUUUUUGUCAAUCUAUUCUGUCCGUUUCUGUUUGUGCGAUUGCAGAGGCAUAAAAACAAUAUUAAUGGGCCGUGGGAUGAGGCAAUUGUGAAUGAUUUUUGUGGUACCUAAAGGUCCAGUUUUUGUAGUAUUUGUCUGAGUUCGACGUUGUUUUAUAAUAAAAAUA